AUGGUGGCAAGGGAGAAAGCGGCAGUGUGGAACACAGAGAAAAGACCGAAGAAGCACGGGAAUGAGCAAGGCAUCCUUUUAAUGGACCACAUAGAGUGGCCUGUGGAGGACCUGGAGAGAGCUUGCUCAGUAGUACCUGAGCUGAUGGAGAGCUUGACGCGUGUCUUUGUGGACAGCGUGAGCAAUAGCUCCUACCCAGUGCCCAUAGAAGCCAUCGGGGUGGGCAGUGCCUUUGAGGGUUGGAGUCCCCGUGACUGGGAUGGGGUGUACCGUGUGCUGGUCCCACUGAAUCCCCCACCCGGGCACGCCUUCCACCUGGAGCUGAACAGCGCAGGGCAGGUGGCAGCAAGGACCUUCAACGUCUGUGUGGAGCUGGUGUGCACGUGCGAGAAGGAGCAGCUGGCAGAGAAGCCGUUGUGCUUCCUGCACCACUCGCGGAAGGAGCUGCGGCGGAAGCAGAAGCGCAGCCUCCUAGGGACACUCUGCACCGGCUCCUACCUGGACGUGGCAAAAACCUCCCACUGGUUCUGCCAGUUGGUGAGAAGCUCGUGGCUGCAAGUGCCUCAGUGGCACUCAUGGCACUUGGUGUUUCAGCCGUGCAGCCGGUCCUGCCGAUUGCAGCUGAGCAAAGGCAGGGAGAGCCUGACGGUGGAGAUGCUCUUUGGGGUGCGCUGAGGGGACUCUGACAUCUUUGUGGUCAGCCAGCCCACAGAGGCCCAGAAAGGCGAGUCCAGCAUCUUUGUGAGGAGGCAGUUCGCCAAGGCCAACAUCAUUACAAGCACAGCGUGGGCCGAGAUGACCGCUGUGGCAGAGGCAAAAUUUUUCCAGCACAUCACCAGGCAGCUGCCGUGUGAGAGCUUGCACCUGAAAUGCCUGCAGCUCUUCACCUGCAUCCUGAAGGAUACAGGUUUUUCCAGCUCUACCUGGAAGACUGUGGUCAUGCACGUGCUGACCACAGUUCCGCUGUCCCGGUGGCACAGGAGAGCAUUUGCACAGCGGCUGUGGGACAUCAUGGCGUACCUGGAUCGGUGCCUGCAGCUGACACACCUGAGGCACUUUGUGCUGGGCAAUGAGAGGCUUCCUGCAGAGAUCAGCUUGCCACCAGCCAUGCGAGGGGUUGUGCCACCCAACCUCUUUGAGCACCUGGCCCGAGAUCUGGCCGCCCACAGAGAGGCAAGGCAAGCUUAUGGUCGGCUGCGAUUUCGCCUCGGGGUGCUGCUCUCCAGCCACUGA